AUGACCCGCCAUGGGAAGAACUGCACGGCCGGCGCUGUCUACACGUACCACGAGAAGAAAAAAGACACCGCGGCCUCGGGCUACGGGACUCAGAACGUACGGCUGAGCCGGGACGCCAUCAAGGACUUUGACUGCUGCUGCCUCUCGCUACAGCCCUGCCACGACCCUGUGGUGACCCCAGACGGCUUCCUGUACGAGCGGGCCGCCAUCCUCGAGUACAUAGUGCACCAGAAGCGGGAGAUGGCCCGGCGCGCCAAGGCCUACGAGAAGCAGCGGGAGGCCCGGCGGGCGGAGCGGCGCGAGCUGAGCCUCGCGGCCGCGCAGGACCAACUGCAGCGCUUCCUGGAGAAGGAGGCGGCCAUCGUGAGCCGGCCCCUGAACCCCUUCACCACGCGGGCGGGCCCGGGGGAGGAGGCCCCGGCGGGCCCCGGGAGCGAAGGCGAAGACAAGGGGGUGACCAGCUUCUGGAUCCCGGCUCUGACUCCCGAGGCGCGGGCCGCCCCCCUGGAGAAGCCGUCGCGCGUGGUUAGGUGCCCUAUGUCGGGGAAGCCCCUGCGCCUGUCGGACCUCACGGCCGUGCGCUUCACGCCCGCCGACGGCACCACCGACCGGCUCGGGUUGCUGGGCCGUAGGGAGCGCUACGUGUGCGCCGUCACCCGCGACGGCCUGAGCAACUCCACGCCCUGCGCUGUCCUGCGGCCUUCGGGGGCCGUGGUGACCGCCCAGUGCGUGGAGCGACUGAUCCGCGCGGACAUGGUGGACCCGGUCUGCGGCGCCCCGCUGACCGACAAGGACAUCAUCCCGCUACAGAGGGGCGGCACGGGCUUUGCGGGCUCCGGGGUCCCCAUGGAGGCUCAGAAGGCGCUGCCCGUGAUGCAGGCGUGA